AAAAAAAAGGGUUAUGCGUGAAACCGUGUACAAAUUUGUUAUUCGGAGAAAUAAUAAAAAUAUAAACUAUUAUGGGAAUUGAAAGUGCAUUUAUUGGAGGCUUGUCCACUACAAGCACUGGACUAUCAUGGUUUUUUUCAGUUUUAACUGCUGCAUUACUUUAUUUCCAUUACGAAGUUUUAGACAACGAAGCACCGCCUAUUGAUGUUCCUUUCGAAGAAUUGUUAAGAUCUUACGAUUUUAUCGUAGUCGGUGGUGGAUCAGCAGGUGCUGUUGUAGCAAAUCGUCUCAGUGAAAUCAAUAAUUGGAACGUGUUACUCUUAGAAGCUGGAGGACAAGAGACAGAUAUAUCGGACGUACCUCUACUUGCUGGCUAUCUUCAACUCACUCAACUUGAUUGGCAAUAUAAGACGGAAGCUGAGGGUACUUAUUGCUUGGCAAUGGAAAAUGAACGUUGCAACUGGCCUCGUGGAAAAGUGAUAGGUGGUAGCAGCGUCCUAAACUACAUGCUUUAUCUUCGUGGGAAUAAAAAGGAUUAUGAUAUUUGGGAGCAGCAGGGUAAUCCUGGUUGGAAUUCGAAAGAAGUACUUUAUUACUUCAAAAAAUCUGAAGACAAUCAGAAUCCGUAUUUGACUCGUACACCGUAUCACUCGACCGGUGGUUAUUUGACAGUUCAAGAAGCACCUUGGCAUACACCAUUGGCGGCUGCUUUCGUUCAAGCUGGUCAAGAGAUGGGUUAUGAAAAUCGUGACAUAAAUGGUGAACAUCAAACGGGUUUCAUGAUCGCACAGGGUACCAUAAGACGUGGCAGUCGAUGUUCAUCAGCUAAAGCUUUUCUUCGUCCAGUGAGGCUUCGUAAAAACUUACACGUUGCAUUAAAUUCGCACGUGACUAAAAUACUGAUCGAUCCUAAUUCGAAGAGAACGUAUGGCGUGGAAUUUGUCAGAGAUGGCAAGGUUUUUCGCAUACGCACGAAAAAAGAGGUUAUUGUCUCCGGUGGAACAAUUAAUUCGGCUCAGCUCUUGAUGUUGUCAGGUUUGGGACCAAGAAAACACUUGGUCGAACACGGUAUUCCUGUUAUACAAGACCUAAAGGUAGGUUACAAUUUACAAGAUCAUGUUGGCUUAGGUGGUCUCGCUUUCACGGUGAACAAGGAAAUUUCAAUGGUUGAGAAGAGACUUCAUAAUGUGCAAGCUGUUAUGAAAUAUGCACUAUUAGGUGAUGGUCCUCUGACUGUUCUUGGGGGUGUUGAAGGUUUAGCCUUCAUUAACACAAAAUACGUCAAUGCUACGGAAGAUUUUCCAGAUAUUGAGCUUCAUUUCGUAUCAGGUUCAAUAAAUUCUGAUGGCGGUAGACAAUUACGAAAGAUCGAUGGCAUCAAGAAGAAUUUUUACAAUGAAGUUUUCAGUCCGAUCAAUGAGAAGGAUGUUUGGAGCGUGCUUCCUAUGCUUUUAAGACCUAAAAGUAGAGGCAUUAUCAAGUUACGCAGUAAUAAUCCCUUUGAUCAACCGAUGAUUUAUGCUAAUUAUUUUAAAGAACCCGAAGAUAUGGCAACACUCGUCGAAGGCGUCAAGAUUGCUGUAGCACUUAGUAAAACUCGAUCCUUUAAAAGAUUCGGGAGUGAAUUUUAUAUGAAAUCAUUUCCAAAUUGCAAACAUAUACCACAGUACACUGAUUUACAUUGGGAAUGUAUGAUUAGGCAUUAUACGCAUACAGUUUAUCAUCCUGUUGGUACUUGCAAAAUGGGUCCCUACUGGGAUCCAGAUGCAGUAGUCGAUUAUCAACUUCGAGUUUAUGGUGUAAGUGGUCUUCGUGUUAUAGACGCUUCCAUCAUGCCCAACAUUGUCAGCGGUAAUACUAAUGCUCCGGUGAUAAUGAUCGCUGAGAAAGGUUCUGACAUGAUUAAACAGAACUGGUUAAAGAAAAAGAAUUGAGGCUAAGGCACGUAAACGUGCAAAAAUUUAUUGUAACAUAAAGGAGAGAAUAACAAUUCUACAAAAAAUAUGAU